AUGAAUAAUCAUAUAAUAAAAUCAUUAUAUAAAAGUAAACCAGAUACAGCUAAAAAAAUAUUAAAAAGAUUAAAGAAAAAAAAGUAUAAAUUAAAUAAAAUAAAGAGAAAUAAAAAUAAAAGUGAUAUAAUUGAAAAUAAAAAUAAAUAUGAAAAUGAAAUAGAUAAUUUAAAUAAUACAGAAAUAGAAUAUAUACCUUUAGAAGUAGAUAAUAAACUUUUAGAAUUAUUUGGUAAUGUUUAUCAGAAAUUAUGUGGAGAUGUAGUAAACUAUAAUAUACAAGAUAUUGAAGAUAAUGAUAUAAUAAAUGAUAUUAAUUGUAAUAUGCAGAAUAAUGAAAUAUUAAAUGAAGUUGCUUCAGAAGAUAUUAAAUUAGAUAAUAAGAAAAAAGAGAAAUUAACAAUUACAGAAUUAAAAUAUAAAACAAAUCAUCCAGAAGUUGUUGAAAUUUGGGAUACAACUGCUCAUGAUCCAGAAUUAUUAUUAGCAAUGAAAUUAUCAUUAGGAUCUGUUAAAAUACCACAACAUUGGUCAUCUAAAAGAAAAUAUUUACAAGGUAAACGUGGAAUCGAAAGACCACCAUAUAAAUUACCACCUUAUAUAGAAUCAACAAAAAUAGCGGAAAUUCGUUCUAUAUUACUUGAAGCUGAUAAUAAAUUAUCUAUGAAACAAAAACAAAGACAAAAAAUUCGACCAAAACUUCAUAAAAUGGAUAUAGAUUAUCAAGUACUUUAUGAUGCUUUUUUUAAAUAUGCAAAAAAACCAUUUUUAUCAUUAUUUGGAGAUUUAUAUUAUGAAGGAAAAGAAUAUGAAAUGCGUUAUAAAAAUAUAAAACCUGGAAAUUUAUCUAAUAAGCUUAAAGAAGCAUUAGGGAUGCAACCAAAUUGGCCACCACCUUGGAUAGUAAAAAUGCAAAAGUGGGGACCACCACCUUCUUACCCAAAUUUGCGUGUACCUGGUGUUAAUGCACCAAUUCCAAAUGGUUGUGAAUUUGGUUUUCGUCCUGGUGAAUGGGGUAAACCACCUGUUGAUGAUAAUGGUAUUCCAUUAUGGGGUAUAUUACCUCCUGAAGAUGAGGAGAUUAAACAAGAUGAUACUCAUAAUAUUUAUUGGGGUGAAUUAGAAGAGGAAUAUUUAGAAACUGAAACAUUAAAUAAUGAAUUAGAAUCUGAAUCUAUUAAUAAUAUUAUAGAUGAUGAAUCUAAUAUUAAAGAUUCAUCAAAUAUAACAAAUUUACCAUCUAAUUUAAUUUUAACUCAAACAAAUCAAAAGAAUAUAUUAUCUAAAUCUCAUAUAAACUCAAAAGAUGAAUUAAAUGAUUCAAAAAAUUUAUAUUAUACACUUGAAAAACAAUCAAUAUCUAUUGAUAAUAAAGGAAUAUUUCCAUCUUCUCAUAUAUAUCAUUAUUCUACAGGAUAUAAAUGA